AUGGUUCCCUACACAAAACAGACAGCACAUCUCUCUCCUCUACAAAGCUCCUCCUCCCUCCCCUACUCCAGUGUUCCUCCUCCUCCCUCCCCCUACUCCAGUGUUCCUCCUCCUCCUCCCUCCCCUACUCCAGUGUUCCUCCUCCUCCCUUCCCCUACUCCAGUGUUCCUCCUCCUUCCUCCCAUACUCCAGUGUUCCUCCUCCUCCCUCCCCUACUCCAGUGUUCCUCCUCCUCCCUCCCCCUACUCCAGUGUUCCUCCUCCUCCCUUCCCCUACUCCAGUGUUCCUCCUCCUCCCUCCCCCUACUCCAGUGUUCCUCCUCCUCCCUCCCCUACUCCAGUGUUCCUCCUCCCUCCCCCUACUUCAGUGUUCCUCCUCCCUCCCCCUACUCCAGUGUUCCUCCUCCUCCCUCCCCCUACUCCAGUGUUCCUCCUCCUCCCUCCCCCUACUCAAGUUCCUCCUCCUCCCUCCCCCUACUCCAGUGUUCCUCCUCCCUCCCCCCUACUUCAGUGUUCCUCCUCCUCCCUCCCCUACUCCAGUGUUCCUCCUCCCUCCCCCCUACUCCAGUGUUCCUCCUCCUCCCUCCUCCUACUCAAGUUCCUCCUCCUCCCUCCCCUACUCCAGUGUUCCUCCUCCCUCCCCCCUACUUCAGUGUUCCUCCUCCUCCAUCCCCUUACUCCAGUGUUCCUCCUCCCUCCCCCUACUCCAGUGUUCCUCCUCCUCCCCUCCCCCCUACUCCAGUGUUCCUCCUCCUCCCUCCCCCUACUCCAGUGUUCCUCCUCCUCCCUCCCCCUACUCCAGUGUUCCUCCUCCCUCCCCCUACUCCAGUGUUCCUCCUCCUCCCUUCCCCUACUCCAGUGUUCCUCCUCCUCCCUCCCCCUACUCCAGUGUUCCUCCUCCUCCCUCCCCUACUCCAGUGCUCCUCCUCCCUCCCCCUACUCCAGUGUUCCUCCUCCUCCCUUCCCUACUCCAGUGUUCCUCCUCCCUCCCCCUACUCCAGUGUUCCUCAUCCCUCCCCCUACUCCAGUGUUCCUCCUCCCUCCCCUACUCCAGUGUUCCUCCUCCAUCCCCCAUACUCCAGUGUUCCUCCUCCCUCCCCCUCCAGUGUUCCUCCUAGCUCCCCCUACUCCAGUGUUCCUCCUCCUCCCUCCCCCUACUCCAGUGUUCCUCCUCCUCCCUCCCCCUACUCCAGUGUUCCUCAUCCUCCCUCCCCCUACUCCAGUGUUCCUCCUCCCUCCCCUACUCCAGUGUUCCUCCUCCCUCCCCUACUCCAGUGUUCCUCCUCCAUCCCCCAUACUCCAGUGUUCCUCCUCCCUCCCCCUACUCCAGUGUUCCUCUUCCCUCCCCUACUCCAGUGUUCCUCCUCCUCCCUCCCCCUACUCCAGUGCUCCUCCUCCCUCCCCUACUCCAGUGUUCCUCCUCCUCCCUCCCCCUACUCCAGUGUUCCUCCUCCUCCAUCCCCCUACUCCAGUGUUCCUCCUCCCUCCCCCUACUCCAGUGUUCCUCCUCCUUCCUCCCAUACUCCAGUGUUCGACCUCCUCCCCUCCCCCCUACUUCAGUGUUCCUCCUCCCUCCCCCUACUCCAGUGUUCCUCCUCCUCCCUCCCCCUACUCCAGUGUUCCUCCUCCUCCCUCCCCCUACUCCAGUGUUCCUCCUCCUCCCUUCCCUUACUCCAGUGUUCCUCCUCCUUCAUCUCCCAUACUCCAGUGUUCCUCCUCCUCCCUCCCCCUACUCCAGUGUUCCUCCUCCUCCCUCCCCCUACUCCAGUGUUCCUCCUCCUCCCUCCCCCUACUCCAGUGUUCCUCCUCCUCCCUCCCCCUACUCCAGUGUCCCUCCUCCUUCAUCUCCCCUACUCCAGUGUUCCUCCUCCUCCCUCCCCCUACUCCAGUGUUCCUCCUCCUCCCUCCCCCUACUCCAGUGUUCCUCCUCCUCCCUCCCCUACUCCAGUGUUCCUCCUCCUCCCUUCCCCUACUCCAGUGUUCCUCCUCCAUCCCCCUAUUCCAGUGUUCCUCCUCCCUCCCCCUACUCCAGUGUUCCUCCUCCUCCCUCCCCCUACUCCAGUGUUCCUCCUCCUCCCUCCCCCUACUCCAGUGUUCCUCCUCCCUCCCCCUACUCCAGUGUUCCUCCUCCCUCCCCUACUUCAGUGUUCCUCCUCCUCCCUUCCCCUACUUCAGUGUUCCUCCUCCUCCCUCCCCUACUCCAGUGUUCCUCCUCCUCCCUCCCCCUACUCCAGUGUUCCUCCUCCUCCCUCCCCUACUCCAGUGUUCCUCCUCCUCCCUCCCCCUACUCCAGUGUUCCUCCUCCUCCCUCCCCUACUCCAGUGUUCCUCCCCCCUCCCCCCUACUCCAGUGUUCCUCCUCCUUCCUCCCAUACUCCAGUGUUCGACCUCCCUCCCCCCCUACUUCAGUGUUCCUCCUCCCUCCCCCUACUCCAGUGUUCCUCCUCCUCCCCCCUACUCCAGUGUUCCUCCUUCCUCCCCCUACUCCAGUGUUCCUCCUCCUCCCUCCCCCUACUCCAGUGUUCCUCCUCCUCCCUCCCCUACUCCAGUGUUCCUCCUCCCUCCCCUACUCCAGUGUUCCUCCUCCUCCCUCCCCCUACUCCAGUGUUCCUCCUCCUUCCUCCCCCUACUCCAGUAUUCCUCCUCAUCCCCCCUACUCCAGUGUUCCUCCUCCCUCCCCCUACUCUAGAGUUCCUCCCCCCUUCCCAUCCCAGAGCCCCCUUCCAUUCUGA